GUAGAAACCAACAUAUUGAAUGAGGAAAUCGGGGAUGUGGCUGAUGAUUUGAAUGAUCAUCCUGGUGAAGAUGACGAAGGUGAAGUAAUUGUGCAGCAGCAGCAGCUCUAUCCCUGGGAAGGAAGUGAUCGUGAUUAUAAAUAUGAGUAGCUUCUUGGUCGGGUGUUUAACAUUCUGCGGGAGAAUAACCCAGAGCUUGCUGGGGAUAGGCGUAGAACUGUUAUGAGGCCUCCACAAGUGCUUCGUGAGGGCACAAAGAAAACAGUUUUUGUGAACUUCAUGGAUCUUUGCAGGACUAUGCAUCGGCAACCAGACCAUGUUAUGGCUUUCUUGCUUGCUGAGCUGGGGACUAGUGGUUCUCUUGAUGGACAACAAAGGUUGGUUGUGAAAGGCAGGUUUGCACCCAAGAAUUUUGAAUGGAUUUUGCGUCAUUAUAUCAGGGAUUAUGUGAUUUGCCCUGGUUGCAAAAGUCCAGACACAAUACUCAUGAAAGAGAAUCGUCUCUUCUUUCUCAGAUGUGAGAAGUGUGGCUCUGGACGAUCAGUUGCUCCGAUUAAAGCUGGUUUUGUUGCCCGUGUUGGCCGCAGGAAUACUGGCACAUGAGACUUUACUUUUUCUUGACCAUGUUGAGGAGCUUUUGGAUGAUCCCCUAUGUCUAAUAUAAUAUAAUUUGCCUUGAAAUUUUGAUUAGUGGUUAAUAUGCAUGUGAAAUAGGGAUAUGCAGUUUGAGGGGUGUCUGCAAUGGAUUUUUUUUUUUUAUAUGAAAUUGAAUUGUUACAUAGAUUCAAUAUUCAGUUUAUCAAUAUAUACAGGUAUGUUUAAUUUUCUAUGUAUGAAGAAAGCUCAUAUUAUUAU